AUGUGCGGGAUCUUCGCAUACUGCAACUACCUCAAGGACAAGUCGCGCAAGGAGGUGUGCGACAUCCUGACGACCGGUCUCCAACGUGAGGAGUACCGCGGUUACGACUCUGCCGGUAUCGGCAUCGACGGCGACGGCAAUGACGCCGUCUACUUCUUCAAGGAGGUCGGCAAGGUCGCCGGUCUCCGCAAGAAGAUCUCCGAGGCGACCGUCGACAUGUCCAAGAUCUUCUCCUCCCAGGUCUCGAUCGCCCACACCCGCUGGGCCACUCACGGCCCGCCGAGCGUCGUCAACUGCCAUCCUCUGCGCUCGGACCCCGCAGCUGACUUUAUCGUCGUCCACAACGGCAUCGUCACCAACUCGAACGCUCUCCGUCUUGUCCUCCAGAACCGCGGCUACAAGUUCGAGAGCGAGACGGAUACCGAGGCCGUCGCGAUCUUGACCAAGUACAUAUACGACACCCAGCACGACAAGAACAUCGCUUUCACCGACCUCGUCAAGCUCGUCCUUAAGGAGCUCGAGGGCUCCUUCGCCUUCGUCUUCAAGUCGAAGCACUACCCGAACGAGAUUGUCACCGCCCGCCGCGGUUCGCCGCUCCUCAUCGGUGUCAAGACCGAGAAGAAGCUCAAGGUCGACUUUGUCGACGUCGAGUUUGCCGGCCAGGACGAUAAGAAGCUCCAGCCGCCGCAGAGCACGAGCAACCUCCUCGCCCCGCCCUCGUCCGGCUCGAAGAUCAUGCGCUCCCAAUCCCGCGCCUUCAUGUCCGACGACGGCAUCCCGCAGCCGAUCGAGUUCUUCGUCGCCUCGGACGCAGCGGCCAUCGUCGAGCACACCAAGCGCGUGCUCUACCUCGAAGACGACGACAUCGCGCACAUCGCCGAGGGCGAACUGCACAUCCACCGGCUCCGCCGCAACGAGGACGGCGCGCCGCAGACGCCUGCGGUGCGCUCGAUCGAGACGCUCGAGAUCGAGAUUGCGGAGAUCAUGAAGGGCAAGUUCGACCACUUCAUGCAGAAGGAGAUCUACGAGCAGCCCGAGUCGGUCGUCAACACCAUGCGUGGACGCGUCAACUUUGACACGAACCAGAUCACGCUCGGCGGUCUGCGCGCGUACCUCCCCAUCCUCCGUCGCGGACGCCGCAUCGUGUUCUCGGCCUGCGGAACGUCGUACCACUCGUGCAUCGCCACGCGCGCCAUCUUCGAGGAGCUCACCGAGAUCCCGGUCAGCGUCGAGCUCGCCAGCGACUUCCUCGACCGCAAGACGCCCAUCUUCCGCGACGACGUCUGCGUGUUCGUCUCCCAGUCCGGCGAGACGGCCGACACGAUCCUCGCGAUGCGCUACUGCAUCGAGCGCGGCGCGCUGUGCGUCGGCGUCGUCAACACCGUCGGCAGCACCAUCUCGCGCGAGACGCACUGCGGUGUGCACAUCAACGCCGGGCCCGAGGUCGGCGUCGCGUCGACCAAGGCGUACACGUCGCAGUACAUCGCGCUGCUCAUGAUGGCGCUGCAGAUGAGCGAGGACAGGCUGUCGCUCGUCGAGCGCCGCCAGCAGAUCAUCCAGGGCUUGCACGCGCUGCCCGCGCAGAUUCGCACGGUGCUCGAGGGCGACGUGAACCUGAAGGACCUCGCGCAGACGGUGCUCAACACGAGCAAGAGUCUGCUGCUCAUGGGCCGCGGGUACCAGUACGCGACCUGUCUCGAGGGCGCGCUCAAGAUCAAGGAGAUCAGCUACAUGCACUCGGAGGGCAUCCUCGCCGGCGAGCUCAAGCACGGCCCGCUCGCGCUCAUCGACGAGAACAUGCCCGUGAUCAUCGUCAUGACGCGCGACGCGCUCUUCCCGAAGGUGCAGAGCGCGUACGCGCAGAUCACGGCGCGCAAGGCCGCGCCGAUCGUGCUGUGCAAUGAGGGCGACGAGGGCAUCCCGAAGGGCGUGCAGACGAUCCGGGUGCCGCAGACGGUGGACUGUUUGCAGGGGCUGUUGAACGUUAUUCCGUUGCAGUUGCUGUCGUACCAUUUGGCGGUUAUGAAGGGCUUUGACGUCGACUUCCCGCGUAACCUUGCCAAGUCGGUCACCACGGAGUAA